UUUGUUUUACUAUCUAAAAGUACAGGCAGAGCUGUAACUUCAGUUGCUAGAGCAGUUUAAUUCAGCUGCAGAACCUAUUAUCAAUGUUAAAUUAGAGCUUAAGAAGUAGGUCACUUAUUACUAGGAGUUUGAUGUGUCUUACCUUUUAAUAUUGAUAUCUAACUUUUCUUGUGUUGUUUGAAAGUAAGACACAGAACAAAGCAGGUGACCUAUCUGGAGACAGUUUUCUAUCUGAGGACUUAUCCUGAAACAUCCACAGUCUCCCUUUAUGUCUGUGCAGUUGUUUUGAGGAGUUUACCUUCAACCUUAAUACAGUAAGUGGUUUUAAGGAGGUAAGCAGCUAGCACUAGAAAUUACAUACAGAAUAUGCAUAUUAAAAAGAGUAUUUUUGAACUUAAAUAUUUGUAGAGCUUGAUUGCAAUUACAGCUGAAUCCAGGUGCUUUCAUUCGUGUAGUUUUUCAGACUGGGUUUCCUUUAAUAUUUUUGACUGCUUUCCAUUUAGUUUUAAGACUUGUAAUACAUGUUUUGAUCCUGUAAUACAAGAAUAAAAACCAACAUGGAGAAUUUCUAUACUUACGAUACUCUUGUAAAGUUAAUGCUCCUAUCUUGCACUUGUGUUCUCUGUGGAUGGGUAAAGGCUGACGCUCUGAGAGUCUUCCAGUGGUGUAAUCAAGCAACAUUUGCAUUUGUCUUAUGUGAAAGUUUUCCAAAUUGUUGAGAUUUAUUUUCAUGCAGUUGUUAAACCAGUGCUUCCAGCCCCAAGGAUCAAUAAAACAUCUCUUUUUUUUUAAUCCUGUAUUAUUUGGACUGUUGGAAAGGAAUUAAAAAGCUUUGACUGAAUUGGUUGAACUAAUUGUUAAAUCUCUAGUGUUGCUGCCAGAAGAGUUUGUAUAUCAGUCUCAUGACUAUCUGAAGAUACUCAUAGCACACAGGAGUGUUAUUUGAGUGAAUUAGCAGUGCUCUAUUUGGAGUGGAAAGGGUGAACUAUACAAGUCAAUCCUUAGAUACAGUUGUUCUUGCUAAGAUUUUGAGUAGCGUGCUAGUUUUAACACAUUGCUUGCUAUAAAUGGUAGCAGCUGAAGUUAGUCUUGAUAAAUUUGCCUUUUCAAAUGUAUUAGAACAUACUUAGUGAAAGUACCUUGUAUAGAUUUGCAGUUCUAUGUUAAUUGCUCUAGGGUUUCUGCUUACCAUAAAGGUGAGUUUGACAAAUACAUGCAAGUUGAUGCUAAGUCAAGAGGAAAGAAAAGCAUUUUCUCACCUAGGAUAGUUUAAAACCAAAUCAAAUUGGGAUUUUUGCAUAAAGAAUGCUGACCAUACUGUGAAUAGAUGACUUUUUCACUGCAUCACAUACAUCUCUGUGCCUCUGGAUAUGUAAGCAUUCUUAAUUGCUGCCCUGGAGGCUUAUUGAUACACUGGAUGUUCAGUGUUUAAAUAGAACGCACCUAGGAGUUUGUAACUGCUUGAAAGAGAGCACGAUUGUGAUAUUUAUAUCCCUCAGUAGUUACUUGUGUGAGACAAAUUGGUUAGAAGGCAGUCCCCAGGUAAUACCAAUGCCUUUUCCUGGAGCCUUUUUCCUAAGGCAUAUUUGAAGCUUGUUAAUAAUCCUGUUCUCUGCAUUUUAGUGAAGUGAUGGCAGCUUGGGUCAGCAGUGGUGUGUGUUCCUUCACUUCUCUCCACUGCCUUUAUCCUUCCAGUAUUACUACUGACAUCCCCUUUUUAUGCAGUCAUCUGCCUUCUUGUUAUUAAGGCCCAGAUUCUCAAAGAACUGAGUUUUCUAAUUCUUAGUAAAUUCAUGAGAACCAAGUUCUGAAACAAUAAUUGAAAAAGACUUAAGCAUUUUGAAGAUUUCAGCCUAUGUGUUCACAUUGUGUGUUCCUGAUUUAGCCCUGCAGUGACGUUCAUGCACGGUAAGUAUUUGUUACCUUCAUGCUUGCUCUGUUCAUACUCAGGUGUUUAGUCUUCAGUUAUGACAGAUGGCAUUAUUAAUUAGAAUGAACCUCUCCCAUACAGGGGGAGAUUAACUAAGAUUAUGAAUCAGGUCAUACUUCCUAGUUAGAAAGGUAUUGAGAAGAAAGCUUUUUGAGAGAUUGUAAAUGGACUUCUUCAUCCCUUUUAUGUAGGGGAAAAUUGCUGCAUUACGAGAAGACACAAAAUCAUGUGAAGAAGAGGACCUUAGGCCUGCAGAUUGCAAGAUUGAGUUAUGUAUUGAUGUCCUUGAACAUAUGACUUGGGAAUGAUUAAUUUUCAGUUAUUUUUUUAUUCUUGAGGAGCAGGAAGUAUAGGAAUAUCAAGCUCUUUUACCUUAAUCUUGAAGGAAUGCCAGGUGGCAAGCAAUAGGCUUCACUGGUGGUGAAAAGAGAACUCAGAGUCCAAAUUAUAUGAUUAUUAUUAAAUCCAGAUUAUUACUAUAGUUAUUAUAUCAAAUAGAGCAAAUUCCUAUUUUGUAUAUACAUGUGCCUGAGAUUUGAUUGUCUGUCAUUGAGAUAGAACCAUUUAGCAAAACUGACCAGGCACUCAUAGACAAUAUUCAGAACAUUUAUCUGUCAGCUCCCUGGAUGAAUUUAAUUUCGCUUUAUUUCACAGCAGAAAACAAACCAAACCCUUAGGUUUUGGAGGUUUCUGUUUUGUUUGUGAGGGGGAAUAUGAGUUGAGUUCUGUUUGUUUUUUUUUUUCCCCUCCAAGUGCCAUCCUACGCAGCAGCUCUGAUUCUGGAAGUGUUAAGGUUUAAUACAGUCUUGAAGAUUUGCCAAGAGGGUUUUCUCUACUGAGAAAGUUAACUAAUACUAUAAUCUUUCUUAUGUAACUGCUUAAAACUCAAGUGAAAGCUCUUGUCCAAUGUGUAGAUUCACUGUCAUUUAAUGUACGUAUUUGUCUGGAAAAUGGAAGGAAGUAAAUGCAUGAAGUUUUCUUGGUUUGUUCUAAUAGUUUUUUCCCCACUGAAAACUUGUAUGUAAUUUCCAGUGCUGUGUGAAAUAAUUCUUUGUGUCAAAUACAUGCCUCCAUUAUCUAGUUGUAUUUAACUGCUGAUUGAGUAGGUGCUAUACCGCGUGCAAGGAGUAGUAACACUUAGAUUUUUAUUUAAUUUUGUUUCGUAUUGAGAUGUACAGACUGAGGUGCUUCUGGUUUUCUUCUUUGCAGCAUUCAAAUGUAAAUUCCCUGAAGGACAAAGUCCUAUGAAAUUGCAGCAAUAAUUGAAAGGCGCAGCAUCCUCCUGUGUGUGGGGAGCAAUAGGAGUUGAGAUGAAUUCUCAUCAUACAACCAAGUACCAUGUGACCUCAAACGUUUCUUCAUCUGCUGUGUUGAAACAAGCAGAGGGAAGGCGCUUGGCGUUGCUACUCCCGAGUUUCAGCAGCAUGGCGCACAUAUUGAAGACACUCAACAGCUGGUUCUGGUGGGAAAAUAUCUGGAUGCCCAUCAACGUCACGUGGGCACAUUUUGUAGACCGUGAUGGACUUGUCUUUCCAAAAGCACAUCAGUUAUAUGCCACAAUUCCAUAUGCUUUUGUAUUGCUGAUUAUCCGGUUCUUCAGUGAAAGAUACAUUGCUAUACCUCUAGCAAAAGCCUUAGGUAUAAAGAAUGUAAGACGUGUGAAGCCACAGCCUAAUCCUGUUUUAGAGAGUUAUUUCCGGGAGUGCUCAAAACAUCCAUCCCAAUCAGAUAUUCAAGGCCUUGCCAAGAAGUGCAACUGUACUGUCCGCUUGGUGGAAAAGUGGUUCAGGAGACGGCGAAACCUGGAGAUCCCAACAGUGCUUCGGAAAUUCCAGGAAGCUUUCUGGCGAUUUUCAUUCUAUCUCACAUCCUCCAUUGCUGGAUUUAUAUUUCUGUAUGAUAAACCGUGGUUUUACGACAUCUGGCAGACGUGGGUUGGCUACCCAUUUCAGACCCUGCUGCCAUCCCAGUAUUGGUACUACAUGGCUGAGAUUAGUUUUUACUGGUCUCUCUUAUUUACACUGGGGAUUGACAACAGAAGGAAGGAUUUUCUGGCUCAUGUCGUUCAUCACUUGGCAGCCAUUGGGUUGAUGAGUGGCUCUUGGUGCGCUAAUUACGUGCGUCUGGGGACGCUGGUGAUGUUUGUGCACGAUACUGCAGACUUCUGGCUUGAGGCAGCCAAAAUGUUUAAUUACGCUCACUGGGAGAAAACCUGCAAUAUGCUCUUUAUCAUCUUUUCUAUUGCAUUCUUCAUCACAAGAAUCAUCCUGUUUCCCUUCUGGAUUCUUCGUGCCACGUUGUAUCAGCCUACGUUCUACUCCACGACUCCUGUCAUAGCAUAUUUUCUGUUCAAUGGGCAGCUGUUGAUCCUCCAAGGCUUGCAUUUAUACUGGGGUUACUUAAUUCUCAAGAUUUUGAAAAGGUUCAUUUUCUUAAAGGACUUGAAAGAUGAUCGAAGUGAUGAAGAGGAGGAAGAUUCUGUUACAGAUAAUGAAGAGGAGUCCAUAAAGAAUGGCAACAAGAACAGCUGUGGGUCAAGCAAACAUCUCCUAAGCAGCAGUCACCACUAGCCCCUUUCUGCCUCACCUCCUGCAGUGAUUUCUGCUCUGGUUUUAACCCAACCUACAGGAUAGAAUUUAAGUCAAAAUUCUUAUGAGAGACUGUGAUUGAUUUAUUGUUGGCUACUGGACCUGGAAAAAAGCCCAGUCUAGAGGGAAGGGAAAAAUUGUGUAACGUGUUAAUGACCCGCUUUGAGAAUCAUUGUGAAGUGUUGGGAAAGAUGUUUGGACACACUGAGUGACAGUGCUCCACAAGGUCAAAGCUCAAGAGCCUCAGAUCAUUUAGUGUCCCAAUUCUAACACUGUUUUUCAAUCUGGUAUAAGAUCUGUUUCACCAAAUGGUUUAAUUCGCAGAUGUUUUGUGGUAGGUAAGGAGUGUGAAUUCCAUUAGGAACCAAAAUUACUCAAUGUGGGAAAAAUUUGACAGUGGUGUACAGUGCAUUUUAGUCUUUAGUUUUCAGUUUAAACCCUCAUCAAAAUAGCUAUUUUUUGGGUUAGAUUUCAUUUCCUGGAGGCCAGUGGAAGCUAACACAAAGGAAGACAAAUUACUUGCCUCUGAAGAGCUGGCUUCACUGCAGAAAUAUAGUCUUUCUCCAAAAUAUGCUGUAUGAUAGAUGGCUCAAAAAUUGUGUUCUGAGAUUUACCUGUCAAGGAAAUCACUGUUAAAAUAGCAAAACUCAGCCUCAAUUCUCCAUUGGGCUCUGGGUUUCAUCUCUGUCAUUCUGGCCUCGUCUUAGGAGCAAGUCCACUAAGUUCUGUUUUGUGGUUCCUGUGUGUUCACUGCAUGUAUCUGGGCUCUGGGGGAGCAUGGGACUAACAGGGAAUGUCAUGUUGUCAGUGCUGUGAAUUCAUUUGAUACCAGGAUCUGUAUUUCUAUCUCUGCUCUUUCUGAAAGUCAGGAAUCACACUGGCUAGAGCUAAAUGUGGUUGCGUGUGACUUAGGCCACAUACCGUUGUUUGUGCUGUAAGAAGUUGUCAUGAUUGAAGGAACAGUGGAUGUUUCAUCAGCUUCUCUUACCAAAAGUGCCUCUGUCUUAUGUUUGCACUUUUGUUCUAAGGCUAGUGCAGAGUGAAGCAGCUUUUUUAGUCCUGGGGCUUUCCAAGGAGAGCCUUGGGCCUUUUAAAUAGGGUGGCGCCAGUCUCAUUUCCAGAUGCAUUAGCUCACAAAGUUGUAAGUGAUUUGUGUCAUGAGUUUUAGAGGUGAGAGGCUCUCUAUGUGGUUCUACAGUAGCUGAGAUCAUCUGGUGAACUAAAUCCAGUAGCUUGAUAGAGACCAGGGGACCACUGCUGCAACAGCCUUAAUGCUGAGCUUUUGGUUUGGAAAGGUUCUUUUCCCCUUACAGCUGCUCAGGCAGGAGCUUGGUGAUCUAUGGGAAGCACCAUAUGACUGACCUGUUUUCUCAAGAUUUCCUUGGCAAAGAGGGAUAAAGUUCAGUGAAAGAAUGGGAAAUGUUUGGCAUCUCAGAUAUGAAGAGUGAAGUUUGUUCCGUGCAGUUACAAGGAGCUAUAGGAGUACUUCAUUACAGAGGCUGGCGAUGUGAAAGUAUCUUCAUACGGUCUGGUCAACUAGGCCGUGUUUAAUUUUGUACUUAUAUUUUGCACCAUGUAAUAUGUUUAUGUUUCACCACAAAGAGAACUUACUGAGAAAGGAGAAUGGCCUCCAGCUUCUGAGAAGGAUGGAAAUGUGCAGUAGUGGAAUGGAACUCCUGUGGUUAAGAAAGGCUUCUUGGGCUGAGCAGGCAGAAUUCCCUCGGUAGCUCUUGUAUAGCAGUGUGCUUCCUUACGUAGCUGUGGAGAAUACCUUAAAUACUGCAGUGUGGUUUUAUUGGAAGUGUAAGUACUUAUUACAUCAUCUAAAGCAACUGGUGAGUUUGGCAGGGUCACAGUUGCUUAUCAGGGCCUGUUUAUUGCCUACAUGAAAAGAACUGGCCUUUCCUGACAAAACGUAGAAACCCGACAUCUCGGAGGCUUUACACUCCCUUUGAGAGCAGCGGAGACAGCAAUGCUUUCUUCAAGACAUAACAGGGGUUUGAGAGGUGGCCAGGCUAUUAUCAUUUCAUUUUGGUGCCAAAAAAACGUUCCUGCUAUGAGUAGGAAAGGAAUUUGGGAAAGGAAACAUGAAGAAUGAAGUUGUCACAGGAGUGAGCCUCUGAACAACUACUGAGUUUUACACUAGAAUUUAUAGUCUGGUUCAGGGCAAAUCUUGCCCUUCCUACUCGGACGAGUCUCCCACUGAAGCCAAUUAACUCCACUGGAGUCUUGCCUAGGAAAAACUUUGGACUGCAGAUAUCCAGCUUAAUUACAAGACCUGUUGUUUUAAAUCGAUGUGAAACUAGGAUCUUAGAGGAAGAGUAAAAGGUAGAUAAAGACAUUCAAACAUCAAGUAUUGAGGCAAAGUUUUGGUGAAUACAGAAGAAAAUAACAUCCUGAAGGUGAAGGUUGAGUCUAAGCACAGUAAACAACCAAAUAACUACAUCACACUGCAGUUAGGGUCAUGGGACCUCCUGGGGGUUACUGUGAAGCCCAUCUGAAGUGAUGAGACGUGAAAACUCUGGAUGUAAACCACUAGGCACUGGGCAUGAAUACCCACAGCAUGGAAAGAAGUGGGAACAGACUGUCCCAGUUGGACUGGACACAUGAGAUUUGUCAUUCCGGAUGUUCCAUGUGUUUCAUCUUCUACUACUUAUGGUUAGAAACUCAGAAACAAGAAGCUGAGGUUGUGGGGAACAUGAUUCAUGCUAAAUAAAUUAAUGUCAUGGUGCUUCCAUAUUUUCACUCUAUUCAAUGCUCUUAACUUUUUAUUCCUAUUGUGUAAAGAGUCUCCAAAUGCACGUGCAGCACAGUUGGAGGUAAUGUGUGUGAGCACAGGUGCUAGACUACAUUACUUUUACCCUUUGAUGGUAAAAAUGGGUCCUGGUUUAAUGCUUUGAUGCUGUCUGGUUCUGCUGUGUCACUUUGACCAUGCCAAAAUACUUAUGGUUGAAUUAAGGACUGAAAAUGAAAUCUUAGUCCAUUGGACUCAUCAGAAUCUCUUCUGUUGCAUUUAAUCCUCUGAGUUUUGGUCAGGUUCUCCUGUUCAUGUACCCCAUGCUGCCUCUGUACCUUUUUACUACAUAGAUUUACCAGUCUACUUGGAUUUGAUUUACAGAGCUCCUUUACUCCACAGAACUCAUUUUGUCAAUGUGUCUUACUCAGGAUAAUUACCUUUAUUUGUUCUUAAGGGCACUGGAUUUGUCUGGUCUGUUGUGCUCCACGCUAGAGAGAAAUACUUUUUAACAACAGGUAUCUAUGUAAGAAUUCCCUUGUUUUCCUCACCUCUUCCUCUCUGCUUUCCGCUCCCUCCCAGCUUUUCAGUAAGGGCCUGGUCUGAAGUUAUAUUUAUUUGAGGAAUGUUAGAAUAAUGUGCAAAUACAGAGAGAAUUCUUUGUUUCCCAGGAGUGCUUAUGUUCAUACACAGAUGGAGGUGCUGUCACCCAGUUAGGGUGACAUGGGAUUAGUACCUCAGUGGCUCAUGAUAAGCACGGACAUGGAUCUUAAGCUGGUAAAAGUAGGAAAGCUCUCCUG